AUGAAUGACAUGGUGAAGAUUAAUACGGAUGGGGCUAUCAAAAAUAAUAGGCAAGCUGGGUGUGGUGGAAUCAUUUGGGAUGGAAAGAGAAAUAGGUUGGGUGGCUUCUCCAGGUAUUUGGGAAAUUGCAAGGCGUUCGUGGAAGAAUUAUGGGGAGUCUUAAAAGGGAGAAAACUUGCUAGAACUCUUGGGAUGAGAAAGGUGGAAAUUAAUGUUGGUUCUCAGUUAGUGGUUGUAGCUCUGGAGAUCGGGAAGUCUAAUAAUGUGAGUGGUUUGUCUUUGAUCAAAAGAAUUUGUGAGCUCAUGGAGGACUUCAAUAGCUGUUUAGUUUCUCAUGUGUAUAGAGAGACAAAUGUUUGUGUUGAUGUGCUUGCUAAUGCGGCUUGUGCUCUUAAGCAUUAUUGUAUUUAUAGAUAUACUCUUGAUUAUAUGAAGGAGUUUGUAUUAACUUAUUCGAAUUAG